AAAGGGAGGGAGCGAAGGAAGAUGGCGGGGCGGGCGCCGGCGGGAUGGGAGCCGACGAAACUGCGAAAUUGAGCCACUAGGGGAGGCCGGUCGCGGAGGCAGGAAGGAAGGAAGGGCGGGAAGCUUGCGGUGGCUGCUGCUUCCUCGGACGGGGCCAGGGCCGCUUUGAAGGAACAGCUGAGGCGGCGGCAGCAGCGGCUGGGCUGGUCCCGGGGUCCGGCCGGAGGCGGAGGCGGGAGGGCGAGAGAAUGGUGAAUCCGGAGCGGCGGCGGCGCUGCUGCAGCCGGACCUGCUUGGUUGUGGCCUCACGCGGCUGGGCCGCGCGCUAGUCAGGUCUGGAGGCGGCGGCGCGGAGCACUCGGAGCCCCGCGGCCGAAGAGCGGCUGCUGGAGGGAGAGAACUUACCGCCGAGGCUGCGGCCCGGGAGCGGCGGUGGAGCCAUGCCGUGGCUCAGCGGAGGACGGAGACGGCGGCGGCAGCAACAGCAGCAGCAACAGGCGGCAGCGACGACGGCGCCCGGAGGACCAGGGACGGGGCCGCCUCCUGUCGUGCCCGCUGCGGCGAUCGGAGGUGGCGGCGGCGGCAGUGGGCCGCGGGGCCGGGAGAGCUCGGAGUUGCCUUUGCCCGCUGGUUGGGAGGAGGCGAGGGACUAUGACGGACGCGUCUUUUACAUCGACCACAACACCCGGCAGACUUCGUGGAUCGACCCCAGGGACAGGAUUACCAAGCCAUUAACUUUUGCUGACUGUGUUGGUGAUGAACUACCUUUAGGAUGGGAAACUGUUUACGAUCAACAGAUUGGUGUUUAUUACAUGGACCACAUAAAUCAACACACACAAAUUGAAGACCCAAGAGAGCAAUGGAGAAGAGAACAGGAGCGCAUGCUAAAGGAAUAUUUAAUUGUUGCUCAGGAAGCACUUAAUGCCAAAAUGGAAAUUUAUCAAAUUAAGCAGCAGCGAUUUGAACUAGCACAAGAAGAGUAUCAACAGUUGAAUAAAAUGUGUGAGGAUGACAGUCACUCUUAUGCAAGUACAUAUUCUGGAUUUUCAACCAACACUAAAUACAACCCAUCUCAGAUUAAAGCAGAAAUAGCUAGUCGACGUGAUAGACUUUCUAGAUUAAAGAGAGAAUUAACACAAAUGAAGCAAGAGUUACAGUACAAAGAAAAAGGAGUCGAAACACUACAAGAGAUUGAUCGGAAGAUGUCUAAUUCUCAUAUGAAUUAUAAAUUGGAUGAAGCCCAAGCAAUAAUGAAUGAACUUCGAAGCAUCAGGAAAGCCAUAUGUUUAGGUGAAAAAGAACGGCAAGACUUAAUGCAAAGUCUGGCCAAGCUGACAGAUGGAUUCAGAAAUAGCUGUUGCAUUACAGAAUCUUUUCAUGAUCUUCAGCACAGUUCUGGUUCAUUCAAUGAUUCCAAUCUAUCUCAACUAUAUUGUGACGCUUGUUCUCAAACUGACAUCAUUGGCGAGCUUGGAUUGGAAGAUACAACAAGCUAUAUAGACAAAAUGAAACUAAUUUGGCAGUAUGAAGAGACCAAAAAAAGAGUUAUCAGAAUCCAGCAACAAUUGGCUUUACAAGACCAGGAAUCUUGGCCAGGAAUGGCGGAGGCUGAUAUUGAUCAUCUUCAGCUUAUUAAAGAAAAAGAGGCUCUCUUACAAGAACUGCAGCUUAUAAGUCAACAGCAGCGUUCACCAGAAGAUCUGAAACACAUAGAGGAGGAAAAAAGGCGCUUGGAGGAGGAUAUCCAGCAGGCUCAGGCUACUUCUUCUCAUGGUGCUGCUGAAAGGAUACUCUUACAAGAGAAGAAGAACUGUUUGCUUAUGCAGUUGGAAGAAGCAACUCGUUUAAGUUCCUAUUUAUGCUCACAAUUGAAAAGUUUAUCUGCCAGUUCUUUGACAAUAUCUUCUGGAAGCAGUCGAGGAUCAUUGGCAUCCAGCCGUGGGUCAUUGGCAUCCAGCAGAGGCUCCCUGAGUUCAGUUAGUUUCACAGACAUCUAUGGUCUCCCUCAGUAUGAUAAAUCUGAUAUUGCUGUUGAAUAUGGUCAUCAUAUGCGAUAUGAUCCAGUUCCAGUUGAUUCUCACAACAAAGAUGUACAGUAUCAUGAAUCUAUCGGAUCUCCAGCUAGCAGUAAACAACGAAGAUCCUUAGAUACUCCUCUGUCUUUGGCAUCAUUGUCAUCAAGAUCAUCCCUUUCUUCACUAUCACCUCCAAGUUCUCCUCUGGACACUCCCUUCCUACCAGCUUCUCGGGAUUCUCCAUUAGUUCAUAAGUCAGAAGGGUAUGAAGAAGUAACAUACACAGGUGCUUCAGAAGUACUUCGAGCUCAGGGCUCUGUUUUGGGUGAAGACAAAGGACAAGAAAUUGUGGCAUUUAAGGCUACUGAAUAUUCCACAAGAAAUGAAGCCGGGCUGCAAAUUCUCAAUAUUCCGAAUUCUGGUGCUGUGACCUUACGUGAAGAUAGUACUAGAAGAUUGGAAAGAAGAUCCAGGCGAGUCUCAGCAUGUCUGUCCAAUUAUUCACUGGCUAGUGACAGUGGCGUGUUUGAAGCUUUAAGCAAAAGAAAUGAAGAUGUUGAAGAAUCACUUUAUAAUGAUGGUGUCACUAAUGAAGAGCCCAAAAUGCAGGUUGGAUUUCUGCAUGACAGUGGAAGUGAAUGUCUCCUUGUCCAUGUGUUGCAGCUGAAGAAUUUUACUGGCUUUGCCAUGAAAGAAGGCUGUAAAAUACACGUGAGAAUAUAUUUACCAUCUGUUGAAUCAGGCACCACAACCACAUAUUGCUCUAAGGCUUUGGAAUUCCAGGCUUCUUUAAUAUUUAAUGAAGUCUUUCAGAUUCCUGUACAAUCAAAUAUCUUAAAACUCAAAGCACUGCAACUUUACAUUUGUUCACUUGGCCAGCACCAACAAGAAGAAUUAUUGGGCAUUGCUCAGAUCAGCCUAGCUAACUAUGAGAGUGCUAGUGAGAUGCAGCUUUGCUGGUAUCCUGUUCAGACCUUCAUUGGUUCAGAUUGUGAACAAAAAAAAGAACAGCCUAAGCGUGAAGAAAGUGCUUCUCAUUCUGUUGAAAAUAAAAAUAUAAUGAAAAUGGUAUAG